AUGUCUCUGUGCUGCUUCCCGACUUUGCGAGGCUCCGGGCCGAAGAAAGCCCGGAGCGAGAGACGUUCGGGUUGCUGUGCACUUUGGCGCAAGCGCCACCGCCAACGCCUCUCGCCCUCGGCCACGAGGCACCCUCAGCGCUCCAAGGAGGACGUCGUAGAGGAGCUGGCUGACGGGUUCACUUACGCCACCCACGGCUACAAGGGGCGAGAGCGCCAGGCCAGAUUCGACGUCCAGUGCCGGGCUGAGAGCUCCCACGAGGACGUGGUCGAGGAGCUGGUCCACGGGCCCCACUACACCAUCUGCCGGGUCAGGGUGCAGGUGCACCAGGACAACACCACCGGCCAGAGCCUGUCUGAGAGCUCCGACGAGGACGUCGUCCAAGUGCUGGUCGGUGGGUUCAGCUCCUCGACCUCCCUAGACCAGGGGAAAGGGCAUCACGCUACAGACACCAGCCAGUGCCAGACUGAGCGUGCAGCUGCGUUAACACUUCGCCUGCGUGAGGCCCCCAGGAUGCGGGCCCUCCAGGAAGGCACACUGGACAAGGUGGCAGCGUGCAUGGGACCAGCUUUCCCUGGUGGAAACAUCUGCCGCAUCACCACCUCUAUACCCAUCCACCCGGCCUUCUCCAGAGCCCGACAGUUCCUGGACCAGCUGUUCACAAGGUCCCGCCCACCGACCAUCAGGUCUGACGCCAUCACGGUCUUCUCCACAUCUGGGGGCACACCUCCUUACAGUGACCAGGGUGACACACCACAGGACCAAGUAAGAAAGGCCAUCGCUUCUACGGCGGGAACCUGGCCGGACCAGGUGCAGGGUUUCGGCCAGGCUUUCCGCUUCCCCUGGUUGCAGCUGAAGCAGGCCUCAGUGCAGGUCCACUUCCCAGCCUCGCACCACGUGGGCCACGCCCACCUUGUCUGGAUUGACCUCGAGCUUCCAGAGCCCACAGCAGUCAUGCCGGAAGAUCCACCUCCAGAGCUCCAGAGCCCUCCAGAGCCACAGGAAGGGCCUGCUCAGAGGCGAGCGCCUGGUCCAGCCAGACGCCCCGGCCUGGCCUGGCGCGGCCUGGCGCACAGCAGCACCUGAAGCCAGUGUGGGAGCGUCUUUCGGACUCUUGAUUUCUUUCUGCCUAAAAAGUUCUAAUUCGUUACGCUAAGUAAAUAGAUAAAUAAUAGGACUAGACCCCAACACUAUAUUUAUAGUAGCAAAACACAGUAGUUUCCAUUAAAUGA